CUACUACCCGGUCCAGCGCGUGCGUGCGCAUGCGCGGAGCGCGGCGCGCGCGGCGGUUGGGCCGUCGGCUAUUCGGCGUUGAGAUCCGCGAAGUCCCAGCAAGCAGCCGGCUCUGAGCCGCGAGCCGCCGUGAGCACUCGUAUUCGAGCCGGCACCAACGAGCCCGGGGGCAUCACCCGCAGCGGCCAAGCUCAUGGCCGGCUGAGCGGGACGCCGCCUCCGCCUCAGCCACCGCCGCCGCCGCCGCCUCCUCCUCCUCAGCCGGCGGCGGCCAGGGCCCAGCAGCCAUGGCCGAAGACUACUGGGACGGGCGCCUGCGGCGAACAGGAGGAGAAGGAGGUCGCGCGGCGUCAGCCCGGGCCGCCGCCUCAGGCGCCGCCGCGUCGGCCCCGCGGCUCUGAGGCUGCUCGCGCGCCCCCGCCGGUCGCCAUGGAUCGGAUGAAGAAGAUCAAACGGCAGCUGUCCAUGACACUCCGAGGUGGCCGAGGCAUAGAUAAGACCAAUGGUGCCUCUGAGCAGAUAGGCCUGGAUGAAAGUGGCUGUGGUGGUGGCAGUGACCCUGGAGAGGUCCCCACACGUGUCGCCCCUGGGGAACCUCGGUCUGUACGCGGCCCACUCAGCUCUGCACCAGAGAUUGUGCACGAGGACUUGAAGAUGGGGUCUGAUGGGGAGAGUGACCAGGCUUCGGCCACAUCCUCGGAUGAGGUGCAGUCUCCAGUGAGGGUGCGCAUGCGCAACCAUCCCCCACGCAAGAUCUCCACUGAGGACAUUAACAAGCGCCUGUCACUACCAGCUGACAUCCGGCUGCCUGAGGGUUACCUUGAGAAGCUGACUCUAAAUAGUCCCAUCUUUGACAAGCCCCUCAGCCGCCGCCUCCGUCGUGUCAGCCUGUCCGAGAUUGGCUUUGGAAAACUAGAGACCUACAUCAAGCUGGACAAACUGGGUGAGGGUACCUAUGCCACGGUAUACAAAGGCAAAAGCAAGCUUACAGACAACCUUGUAGCACUCAAGGAGAUCAGACUGGAACACGAAGAGGGGGCACCCUGCACCGCCAUCAGGGAAGGUAUAAUCCCCCCAUCCUAUUUGUCCCAGGCUUCCUGGACUCUCCCCAUGGCACAUGUACACACACUUCAUGUGUCUCUGCUCAAGGACCUCAAACAUGCCAAUAUUGUUACGCUACAUGACAUUAUCCACACGGAGAAAUCCCUCACCCUUGUCUUUGAGUACCUGGACAAGGACCUGAAGCAGUACCUGGAUGAUUGUGGGAACGUCAUCAACAUGCACAACGUGAAACUGUUCCUGUUCCAGUUGCUCCGUGGCCUGGCCUACUGCCACCGGCAGAAGGUGCUACACCGAGACCUCAAGCCCCAGAACCUGCUUAUCAACGAGAGGGGAGAGCUCAAGCUGGCUGACUUUGGCCUGGCCCGGGCCAAGUCAAUCCCAACAAAGACAUACUCUAAUGAGGUGGUGACACUGUGGUACCGGCCACCUGACAUUCUGCUUGGGUCCACGGACUACUCCACUCAGAUUGACAUGUGGGGUGUGGGCUGCAUCUUCUAUGAGAUGGCCACAGGCCGACCCCUCUUCCCUGGCUCCACAGUGGAAGAACAGCUGCACUUCAUUUUCCGCAUCUUAGGAACCCCAACUGAGGACACAUGGCCAGGCAUCCUGUCCAAUGAGGAGUUUAAGACCUACAACUAUCCCAAGUACCGAGCCGAGGCCCUUUUGAGCCAUGCACCCCGGUGUCCUUGUCCUUGCGGUAGACUUGAUAGCGACGGGGCUGACCUCCUCUCUAAGCUGCUACAGUUUGAGGGUCGAAAUCGGAUCUCUGCAGAGGAUGCCAUGAAACAUCCAUUCUUCUUCAGUCUGGGAGAGCGGAUCCACAAACUUCCUGACACUACUUCCAUAUUUGCACUAAAGGAGAUUCAGCUACAAAAGGAGGCCAGCCUUCGGUCUUCAUCAAUGCCUGACUCAGGCAGGCCAGCUUUCCGCGUGGUGGACACCGAGUUCUGAGUUCUAAGCCACAGACCAAGGCCCCAGCAGGCAGCAGCUGGAGGGAUGCCACACCCCUCACAGGGCAGCCCCCAACUGCAUCCUCCGUGCUUGCUGCCUGCCUACCUGCCUGAGCCAUGUUCACCUGCCCACUUGUCCCCUGCUGCCCACCUGAACACCCGACCAUUGGCCUGUCAACCCACCCAUUGGCCUGUCUGCUGGGUGCUAACAAAGCUCUCAUCACUCCUUCGCCUGGUUUGUCUUGUCUGUCUCUGUCUCAGUAGUUGCCGGCGGACAGCAUGGCCGUGCCAGCCUCCCACACUGAGGCCAGACCUACCGCUCCUCUUCAUACCUUUCCCAGGACCACUCCCCCAUGACCAGCCAGGGGUCCAGAGUUAGCCCAGGCUGGGGAUCUCAACUCAAGAUGGUGGUGAUGCCUUGGGUCUGAGGCAUCCCCUGCCUGCUUUCCUGCGUGUUCCACCUGCCUCAUGUUGUAUGAGCCUUUUUUUUUUUUUUGUCUGUUUCAUUGUUUUUUUUCUUUUUUUUUUUAAUUACUUUGAAGAGGUUUUCCUUUUUUUAAAUGCAAUAUCUCUGUAUACAGACUGGCUGGGCCUCACCCCCUGUGUGAGGCCCUUCCACAGUAUUUUGUGCAAUGAAGCCCCGCUCCCAGCCUUUCAGAGGCAGGGACACAGCCCCUAUUUGGAACCCUGACCAUCACCAGACCCUGGGAUCGGCUAUGGGAAAGCAUGCUACGGCCACUCACCUUCCUACCCCCAGCUGCAGGGAGCUCUGAGGACUACUGGAGAGACUGAGAAAUGGACAAGGUGGGGGACCCCACUCUUUCCUUCCUGCAGUCCUGUAGCCGGGGCCUCCUUCCUUCUCAGGGUCUCCCCAGACUAGCCCUCCUGCUCCCAUCCCACUCAGUGCUGUUGAGUAGGGGCCCUGCCAGUAACCACCCAACGCAGUGAGGAGCCAUAGUGUGUAUACGUACACAAGCAGGGUCAGAGGGGUAUGUGAGGGGUGUUGUGCCCAGGUGAGGCAGGGCAGGGACAGUCUCCAGGGUCAGUUCCUGGAUGGGUGAUUACCUCCCCUUCUUCUACCCUAAGCCCUGGGGCCCUGAAACGGGGUGGGAGGGCAGGGGUGGGAGCUCUCCUUGUAGGGUUUGGGUUCCUGAAUGCACCAUAAUCGUAUGAAAUAUUAAAAAACUAAGUGAAAA